AUGUGUUUUAAACAAAACACAAACUUUAAUUUAAUAAAGUUCUUACCAGAAGAGACAAAAGAACAACAACAAAAACAACAACUAUUCCAAACAUCCCUCCCAACUUUUCCAACUUGUUUUGCUUCAACAACAACAAAAACAAAUUUAAACUUAUUCAAAAACUUUAAAUUAAAUGUUUUACUUAAAAAAAGAAAUUUAAAAUUAAAAAGAAUGACAGAAAUUAAUUUAAAAGAUUCCCAACAACAACAGGAAUGUUUGGCUUUUGAACCUCAAAAUUAUUUGAAAGAUAGAUGCAAAAAAUGUUUUAGACUAAAAGACAAACACGAAAGUAAUUUGCCCAUUCGAAAGCCUACACUAGAACGAAAAGCUUCUUCAAGCAGUACAAGCAAAAAUGCUUCAGAUGCAGCUAAUAUUAAAAUAACAAAAUUAACAAAAACAAAGAGUAGCAAUGCUACAAAUUUGAACAAUUCUGCUUCAAAAAAUAAUUUUGCUACUGCUUCAACAAAAAAUACUGCUACUGCUUCCAACAAUAAUUUUGUUUCUGCUUCAAAAAAUAAUUCAAAUUCAGUUUCAAAUAAUUCUGCUUCAACUAAUUCUAUUAGCAAUUCAUUAUCAACAAAAAAGCACUCCCCUCCAACUAACAACAAAUCCUCACCCAAAAAAGUGUUAGCAACAAACAUUGCUAACAAUAAAAACAAUAUUCCUGUGCCUACAAAUGUAGCUACAACUUUUCGAAGAAUUCCAAUUCAACGAAGUUCUUCAGGUUUGGAAGAAGAAACAACAGAAAAACAAACAAAAUUAAUUAAAAAUAAAAAUAAUUCUGAUAAAAAUUCUGAUAUUAGAAAUCAGAAUUCUGAUAGCAACAAUAUUGAUGAAAAGGUGAAGCAGAAGCCUAUAAUAACUAAGCAAAAGGAGGAAAACAAUAAGCAACAAAAAGAAUUAAAAGAAGCCUCAAAUGAAGUUGAAAUAAAUGAAGUCCUUCAAACUAAUAGUGACGAAAAUAAUGAAUUGGAGAUAAAAACAAUUAUAAUGACACCAACAACAUCAAAAACCAGAAGCAAUAAAACAGAAUUAAAGGAACCAGAAACAACAAAAACGUUAGCAACACCAAAAACAUCAACAUCCUCCUCCUCUUCUUCUUCCUCAUCUUCAACAACAACAACAGUAUUACUCCCUAAACAAAGAAGGCAAAUAAGCCAAAUUAGUGGGUCUAAAAGCUAUAAGGAGGCAAAUAAUGGAUUGCUUCAAAAUGAGAAUAUUAAUGAAGCUGAGGUGAAAAGUGAAGCAAAUAACAACGAAGCAAUACUUAAUAAAAUUGGAAAUAAUUUUACUAUUGUAGUUGAAGAAAAUGGAAUUAAUAAAGAAAGAAAUCGAGAAGACGAAGUAGACGAAAUUCUCUCCCUUUGCUCCUACAAAACAGCAAACUCACGUCUUGCAAAUUCCUCCUCCCCUUCAAACUUCCCAGUUUCUGCUAACAAUGUAAACGGAAACGGAAGCAAUGGCCAUUCACAAAGUGAAAUGUUUAGUGCCCAAUCAAUUGACAGUCUAAACAGUAUUUCAUUUGCUGAGUCCUACAAAACUAGUUUAAGAAGUCCUCCCCCAUUUUUCGACAACGACGAUGACUUUUUAACGCCUACAAGUACAAUGGAUGGACACUUUUUUAAUCAGAAUAUUUAUAAUAAUUUUAUUAAUCAAGUACAAGAUGAAAAUGAAGAACUUGGAGAAUUUGAUUCUAGAGCUAGAACGCCCACUGCUAAAAGUCAUACACUCGACUAUGACACGCUGCAAUUGGAGAAUCAACGUUUAACAGAAAAAUGUCGCCGUUACAAAAAUGAACGGCAAAGGUGGACAGAAUGGUUGGCAAGAAGGGCAACAACAAUAUCAGGAACAACAACCCCAACAAAUGGAAAAGACCCAAAAUUGCAAAUUGAAAAUAAUAAUUUAAAUGCUUUACAACAAAGAAGGCAACGUCAACAACAGCUAGCGGUAGAUGCAUUAGCAGAGCUGGAAUCUAUUGUUAACGAAUAUCGAGAAGAAAAUGUUGCUUUAAAAUCAGAAUUGCAACAGCAACUUAGGGAACAAAAUUUAAAUGCCCGUUCAUUUAACCACGAACAACAACUUACUGAACAACUAGUUUCCGCCGAACUAAUAAACGCCCAAUUAAGACAAGAACGGGAUGAAUUGCAGCAAGAGAUUGAUGAGAUUCAAGAUCAAUGUCGAAUGGAAGAAAUUGAAGAAUUUCGAGAAUUACAACGUGAAUUGGAUCUUAACGCAAAGAAUUGUCGAAUUCUGCAGUUUAAACUGAGAAAAUCAGAAAGGCAGAGAGAACAAUUACAAGCUGAAAGGUGUGUGCUUGUAUCGAGAUGUGAGGAACUGCUUGAUAAAAAUAAUAAAUUAAUUAAAAAUGAAGAAAAAAGUGAGGAAGAAAAAUCAGAAGAAAUAUCAGAAGAACAAAAAUUUGCACAAAUGGAACAAGAAUUACAUGUUGCAAAACAGAUUUCAAUAAAAUUACAAAAUGAAUUAGAAGCAGCAGAAGAGCGUCGCUGCCGUCUUGAAGACGAACUUUUUUACAAUAGGGAAAAAGUUAGAGAACUUCUUGCACAGAAUAAGUGGAGGGAAGCGAAGAAUAAUAGGGAACAACAGCAAAAUAUAAGACCAAGAGGUGAAGCUCUAAUAAUCUCCUCAGCCGCUUUAAUGGUUGAUGGAAGCAGCCAUGUUAGUGCCAGACCUGAGCAUUUUGAGGAGGAAGAAGAACCAAAAGAGGUAGCAGAAAUACAACGAGAAGUUAGGGAUUCGAUGGAACGUGAAGCUGAUUUGAGAGAACAAUUAAGAUUCACUGAAGCUGAUUUACAAAGAACCAGAAACAGAAUGAGGGAAUUGGAAACAGAAAAUGAUGAUUUGCUACAAAAAUAUACUCGGUUGGCUGAUCAACAGGCACAAAAUCUGUCAAUGCUUCCGGGAGGAUUAUUAACGCCUAAAAGGCCUAGUCUUUUUAGAAGCAUUAGGCAAGUUUUAAAAAAUUGCAAUUUUAAAUUACAAUUUGUAAUUAUAAAUAAAUUAAAGUUGUAA